AUGAGAAAGCUGCUUCAAGCAACUGACCCCGUCGACAGACUAAGCCGUGAGCUGGAAGAGGCAAAAGAUAGUCUAACUAGCGGCGUACCUCUUCUUCUUCAGAAUGUCUUUUAUCAGUCCUAUGCAAUAUUUGACGAGGCUUUCAACUACUUUUCGGCUGAGGAUCGCAUCAGGUUUGAAGAAAUUAAGACCGAGCUCCAUCUGCUAAUUGGGCCUUUCCCAGUUCAAAAUGCUGAGAAGAUCCUGUCUCUAAUGAAAGGUGGCUACCUGAAGGUUACAAGGAUUGGCAAAGAUUACGAAAUUGACGAAGCGGAAGAUAGAUGUGGCAUCAAAGUAUCGUGGAAAUUAAAAGAAGAAACAACUUUUGAAGCCUGUCAUGAUGUGAUAGUAGAUGCUACUGGUCAAAAGGGUGCAUUCGAGAAAGAUCCUUCCCCACUGACGAGAUCUCUGAGAGAAGGAAAGCUCGUCAGCGAGAUUUUGGUUCCUUUUCGGAACAUUUUAAAGUCCCAGAUGCAUGAAAAUCAUCCAAAUGUGGUAUCAAGGGAUGGAGCGAGGUAUUUCCGUCCAUCCGGUGCUCUCAUUGACAUGAACAAUUUUUCUCUCGUACCUGCGGCUAAGGAUCCUCAUGCACCUCCUAUCUACUACAUGGGACCGUUUACAAUGGGGCAGGUAGCAUUUCCACAAGACAUGAGCGUAGUUACAACCGCCGCUGAGCGGUCCGUGGAGGAUCUUAUUGAGAGAGGUGCGCUGGAACGUGAUGAUAGUUAUUCAGCUGAGCAAGAUCCGAUGCCAAUGUAUGGGUGGUUGCCGAACGCCAAGGGAGACGUGUCUGGGCAGAUGGGUAGAAUGACCAAGAUCCUCUCAUCCAAAAAAGAAAAUUCUCAAACCAAAGAGCUGUAG